AUGGACUACACCCUCUUCGUCCUCGGCUCCGGCGGCCACACCAAGGAAAUGCUCAUGAUGAUGGACGACGGCUCCUGCGACUUCGCCCGCUCCCACCGCCGCUACCUCAUCUCCAGCGGCGACUCCAUGUCCGCCCACCACCUGUCCGACUACGAAGCCCGCCUCCGCGCCCUCUGCGCGUCCCGCGGCACGCUCCCGGGAACCCACGACCAGCGCACCGUCACCCGCGCCCGCCGCGUCCACCAGCCCCUCUGGUCGACGCCCCUGACCGCCCUGCGGAGCAUCCUCGACAUCUUCCCCGCGCUGCUCGCGCCGCCCGACAACGAGGUCGGCAGGGCGCUGCGCUAUCCCGCCCGCGUCUUCUCCAACGGGCCCGCCACGGGCUUCUUCGUCGCGCUGGCGGUGCAUCUGCUGAAGAUGCUGUACGUCGUGCCCGAGAGCUGCUGCAAGGUCAUCUACAUCGAGUCCUGGGCGCGCAUUUCCACGCUGAGCUUGACGGGGAAGCUGCUGCUCUACACGGGCAUCGCGGACGUCUUUGUCACGCAGCAUCAAGAGGUGGCGACGCGGUACGGCGUGCAGAAUGCGGGAGAGAUUGUCUUUAAUUCUCGCCGCUUGGAUGACAUAGAACCCAGCCCUGCCAAAUGCUAA